AUGCCUCCUGUGACUGAGGAACUCGUCCGGCGAGUGCCAGAGUUUGGUGAACCUUCGAUAGGUGUUGCUAUCCACUGGGCUGAUCCAAAGGAUGUCCUGUCUGUUCUAUUCAUUCUCGGCGGUGAUCUGGUUGAACAUGCUUUCGCCCAGCUAGUUGGGACUCCCGUUCCCCCCGUUGCCUUUUCAUUCGGAUGCGUUUCAUACGGGUUGAAUGCAGUGGUAUCAGCCAUCGGUAAAAACAGACUCAUGCCAGAUACAGAUCACCCAUGUAAGAUCAUCAACGGUGAGACGGGGACCUCGUUUGAUAACACCAGCUGGGUACUUGGACGACUACUGCGGGACCACGACUACUGGAAGCACAAGGAGGUACACAGCCAUCUUGAAGGAAAUAUUACUCGGAAAUGGGAUCAGAUGAAACUCAAGAGUAUAACCACCCACGGCACUUGCUCUAAAGUCAAGCAACCUAGGAAAGCCGGCCUCUGUGUGUCGAUAUACAAAGCCAAGGAGGAAGGUCUGGGGCGUCCGAAGAGGGAUAAAUUCGAUUACAGCGGGCUCUUCACCACGCUUGCCCAACUUGCGCUUACAGCAGUUCCGUUGGUGAGAGACGGCGACUGGUCACCCUUUUUAACUACCUUGAGCGGCGCUUUACUCUCUAUCAUAUCGGGCUGCUUACGGCAAUGGCGGCGGGAAAAGUGGCCUUGUUGCGCCAACUCGGAGAAGACAGUGGUUUUAACCAAAGGGGCUGGUUGUCAGCAUGCCAUUGUCAUCAUCGGAGACGGCCGCGGCUUCGACCUCGAGGAGAUGGCAGUUGGCUCAGAGGAGAGAGACUUGCCCUGCGAUCUCUUUACUAGAGUCUCGGUGCUCAUUCUUGCCGUAUUAUGGGUCCUGCUUGUUAUUUUUGCUGCUGGUCUCAAAGCCAACGCGUGGUAUGUCAUCAGCGCAGGCGGUAUGGGAACCAUCCAGAACGCAUACGUCGUUGGAGGGAAGCGUACCCCCGAAUCAUUCGGCCUACCGUUAGAAUUCGUCGACGUUAUCGGCAAACUUGGAGUUAUGGAUACCCUGCUUGCAGUGGAAGAAAAGUAUCCAAAUCUGGGUAGCAGUAUGGUUUCUACCUUCUUCCCAGACGGCCAGAUCACAGAGGAACACCGUGAAAAAUGGGAUACCCUCAAAGCGAGAGUUACCUUGCAAGCAGGCAGGCCACGACGAAGCCAAACUAUUUAA